AUGGAUGGAUUUGUUGCCCUGGGGAAUGUCACCCAGGUUGCGAAGCAAUUCGCCGCGAGCUCUGUUGGGCAGCUUGCCCGGAUCGAGGGGCUGGUCACACUGAGCUGCCUCCUCGUCGUCAUCCUCGUCUUCUCCAACUCCCGUCGGCGCCAUCAGAGCAACGGCUUCCUGGGCUUCCUCGUGUGGGCGGCCUUCAUGUUCAACUACCCGGUGAUCUCCUACACCAUCGGCCUCAUGCAGUCAUCGUCCGUCCGCAACGAGCUCUUCGUUGUCUGGGCCUGCUUCCUCCUCCUCCUCCUCGGCAGCGCCGACGCGAUGACGGCCUUCAGCUUCAACGACACCCAGCAACACGCCAGGUCGAUGAUGAACCAAGCACUCCACAUCAUCUACCUGCUCUUUCUCAUCCUGUACUACAAGGCCCAGCUUAGGAUGAACCUCAAGGUCCCCCUGUUCAUCCUCUGGAGCUUGAGCGUCGCGCGGUUGGUUCUGAGGAUCAACGCGUACCGCACGACGAGCCGAGAUAACGGGCUGAUCAGGGAGAACCAGAUCGUGUUCGAGUACAUGAAACACAAGCUGUUAGAUGGCUCCAUCGUCGGUAAGUACGAUCCCGACCCGUCCAGUAUGAAGGAGUACAUCUACCUCGUCGAUGGGAAGGAAGAGGAGUCGUCGUCGAUGGCGAUACACUUGCGGUACGAUGCGCCUGACACGGUGAGCGUUGAUAAGGUGUGGGAGUGCAAGGGCGAGCUGCUGAGCUGCAGCUCAUCUGCAGGGAGCCGCGGCGCGGCGAGGCGGCGAGACUUGUGCCUCUCUUUUGCGCUCUUCAGGCUGAUGCGCCUGAGGUUCGGGGCAGACCAUGUUGGUGAUCUCAACUUCCAUUCUAAUAACGACCUAUCAAGAACUCUCGUCGUCGAUAGGCUCCUCUCGGAUGAUCGCGAUCUUGACAGAGCCUUUCGGGUGGUUGAGGCUGAGCUGGGCUUCCUGUUUGAUUUCUUCUAUGCUCGGUAUCCUUCCUUGAAAGAUAAUCUCGUUUUCGAUUUGAUCCUUUAUUUGCUCACCAUGGUUACCAGCCUUUUCACCCUCUUCUCUUCCGUUCUUCUUCACUACCGACCCAGUACUACAGCCAAAGUAAACAUCAUCAUCCAUAGCUUCAACCUUGAUCUUUUUGUUACUCGUCUGGUCGUUGCCCUCUACAUCUUUUUAGAGUCAUACCAGCUUCUUUCGUUGGUGUUGUCCGAUUGGCACAAGGUUAAAUUGAUGUGUCAGUACGUGCUAAAAGUGUCAUGGCACCGUGCAAGGGUCGACACUCCGUUGAAGGUGCUGUGCCAUUUCAACGUCUCCAGAUACUGGAAGAAUGCCAUUAAUCAGUACUCCCUGCUUGAUAAUGCUGGUUAUCUAUACCGUGUGCAACUCUUGCUAUCAACUCUGACACUUCAGUUGCUUGACCCGUGGAUUAUGGCGUCAUCCAUUGUCUUGCCACCGCAAGUGAAGCAAGCCGUCCUGUGCGCCCUCAAGGACGCCCUGAAACCUACCAAUGGCAAAAUUACCGAUGGAAGAAGGUGGCUACACCAGAAUGGCAUUUUGGACCGAGACCUGGAUUACGACCUCUUUAGCCAUAAAACAUACGCCCCCUACAUUUUGGUAUGGCACAUAGCCACAAGCAUCUGCUGCUAUGGGGAGUCCAAGUUUGACAUGGCGCAGGCUGAUGCAGAGUUGAGGUAUCACUACGAAGUAGCCACAGUGCUCUCGGGAUACUGCUCCUACCUCGUAGCUUUCGCACCGGAUCUCAUACCAGAUGGGACUUACACAAGCCAGCUACUGUCUUGCCGUGUGCUAAAGGAUGCACACGCAUACCUCGCAGAAUGCAGGACAACCAGUGACAAGUAUGACAAGUUGAUGAAGCUGGGUCGCGAUGGUUGGAAGGAGCAAGAAGCAGGAUGCCCUCUGCUGUACGAGGGAGCGGUGCUCGCGCUCAAUCUUGUGGACCGAAAGAAGGAUGCGGAGGAGAGGUGGAAGGUGCUCGCCCAUUUCUGGGCAAACCUGUUGCUGUACAUCGCGCCGUCUGAUCGAGCGUCUGUGCACGCCUCCAAGCUGGCGACCGGCGGCGAGCUUUUGACCAUCGUCUGGGCUUUGCUGAAUCAUGCCGGAGUUGUCAACAAGCUUCAGGAGAAUAACGGCUGCCAGCCAUUGGAUACGCUGCCUAGGGCGCCGAGGACUCCAAUUUUUCAUCGGCAAGGAACGAUAGUUGAUUCCAAUGAAGACGAUGGAGAUGGAGAUUAUCCCAUGUAUGAGAUCAUGCAAGAAGACUAUUCUGUGUAG